GCCGGUAAGAUCAGUUCAUGAAAUAAAGUGUAAGAAUUUAAGUUAAUCAUGUCUCGCGUUAGUUUCGUAUUGUUUGUGAUGAUUGGAAUGCUUUGCAGCACAAUUAUCGCACAACCGCAGUGCGGGAGAAAUCAAGUGUGGAACUCUUGUGGAUCGGCAUGUCCACCAUCUUGUAAUUCGCCAUCCAAUCAAAUUUGCACAUUACAAUGCGUGAUAGGAUGCCAGUGUAGAAGUGGAUAUGUGCUAAAUUCCUCAGGAGAAUGUGUGCACCCUUCACAAUGUUAGAAAUUAAUUGUAUCAAUUGUAUAUACUUACUAAAGAGUUGACAACUUCUGUUUAAUGCCAAUGAGAUUUUUACUAAACAUUUUUAACUACAAAUCGAUAUGCCAAUAAGUAUUAACAUGUAGCAUUACACAUUAGAUGUACGACAUAAUUAUUGUUGUUUGUAUAAUUACUAAUUAAUAAUAAACAAAUAACAAAUUAAGAUUUUAUUAUAAAUAUUUAUCUCUCUAUUAAUAUUAGAUAUCUAUAUUUUUAUGUAAAUUUAAAAUAAUUAAAAAUAAAAAUUGCAUGAUAAUAAUUUUUUUAAAUAUAUUUUUUAAAUAUAAAUAGCAAAUAAUUAAAUUGCAUGCAUGUAUCUUAUAAAUUUUCUUUACAACAAAAAAACACAAUAAAUUGUUUUUUUACAGAUAAUUAAUAAUAUUAUGUAAAUGUUAUAUUAAGUCAAUACAAACAAUAAACUCUGUAAACCAGUCUCGAAUAAAAAUAUUUUUAUGCAUUCAGUAUAAAAA